AUGUCCCUCUCCAACAAGACAACGAUAAUAAACGUCACAACGGGGGAUCCACAACUCACAUCCCUCAAAUAUUUCAUCAAAUUUCAACAUCUACUAACAUUCAUCGCUAAUAAAUGGCAAAUUCCAACAAAUCAAAUACUUAUAAUAUUACCAUAUGGUUCCAAGUUAACUUCGAAAAACUUCUCCUCAUACCAUGUGGAUCAAGGACCCCUCUACGUCUUCGAUAGAAGACUAUUUCAAUUAAAUAACAAGCCAUCCGCAACAUCAACGACGACGGAUCAUCUCCACGAUGAGGCGGAAACACUACUGGAUACCCUCCUAUCGCAUCAUCGAAAGAGGAAGGACACAGAACUGAUAAUGUUAGUGAAACCGAUACAUUCCCCACUGGAGGAAUGGCAGACCUCCACCAGGGACGAGACAGAGACAGAGCUGACGUAUAACAAAGUGACGAGCUUAAUAACGACUAAUCUGGGAUGGUUAAGUGCCCUAGAGAUUGAUGUGCAUUAUUUCGCUAAUAUUAUUAAGGAUACCAUGAAUGAGGUGGUUCAUUUGUUAGAUUCACUUUGCGUGUGUGAACAGUAUUUGAAAUUGUAUUUCUUUGACGUAAUGAAACUGUAUGAUUCCAACGUGCAAUUCCUGCAACAGUUACAGGGGAAAGGGUUGGAUGUGGUGAGCCACUGGCAACAAUGUUAUGAAUCUAUCUUGAGUAAAUUGAAUUGCGAAGAAACAUCUUUACAAGCGUUUGUGGAUGAAGAAUCAUUAAGGGAGAAGCAAAAUGCUAUUACAGAUUUGGAUAAGAAGGUUAAUGACAAAUUGAAUAAUGUUAAAAUUAAUAUGGACAAUAAUUCUAAAUGUAAAGAUGAUGUUGGAGUGCAUAUUCAAUCCAUACGACGGGAAUUCACUUUGGAUGAAUCUAAAUAUGUCCUGGAGGAUACAAUGUUAAGUAAAUUUAAUGGAUUGGUAGAAACAAUGAAAUCUCGCAGUAGGGAAGUCCUUAAUAAGGAAACUGACGAAUUCAACGUGGAAUAUUUAAAGUCAGUGAAAGAUAUGCUCAUUGAUGAUAAACUUAACGCAACAAAGAUUCUCUUAACCAUUGCACAAGCAUUGUAUUCUCAAGCUGAACAAUUAUUCCAAUUAAAGAGAAGUUUGCAAGUUAAAUCAAUUAUCAUUUUUGGCCAAAUUGCAUUCAUACAAUUGGAAACUUUGAAAUUAAAGAAAAUUCUUUUAAGUGAUUGUAAUAAAGAUUUGGAAAAGUAUCAAAAAUAUGAAAUUGAAUUCGCUCAGGUGGAAGAUUUACCUCUCGUGUAUGGUCUUUUUCUCAUUGAAAGUUAUAGAAUUCAAUCUUGGUAUUACCAAAUGUUAUUAGAUUUAAUGGAUUUUGCCAAAUCGCUGGAAACAAAUUUAAAUUCCGAAACUUACAAAAGAGAAAGAUGGAAACAAAAAUUCAGAUCAUUAACUAAUUUAUUCAAAGAUACGAGUGAUAACGGUAUGACUUCUCUAUUGGCAUCCAAUCUUAGUGAAUUCUUUAAAGAUGGGAUUUCAAAUGUGACUACGAUCUUAAGAGAACAAUAUUUACCUAAUUACAAACAAAAAUGCCUCAAAUUCUAUCAUAAUGUGGAAGUAUACCUCACUCAAUUGCAAACAGUGGAUGUGCCAGAAAAAUUUUUUAUGAUCUUAUCUCAAAAUUUUAAUACUAUUAAACAUCUUCCAACACUAACGACAUUAUCGUCCUCGCCAUCAUCAUCCCUCUCAUCCCCAGAUAUGACUAACCAACAAAUUUCAGAACUAGAUGGGUAUAAAGUAAGAAUUAAAAAAUUAGAAUCCUUAUUACAUGAAUCUAAAUAUUUACGUUAUGAAGAUUGGCCCUCAGGGAUAUUAUUAAAUAAAUCUCCUUCAAUGUCAUCAAAAAAUAACAUUUUUCGUAAUAACUUGUCAAGCAUUAACACCAAAUUGGCAAUGUCAACUAACAAUUCAAUGAAUUUGACACUUCAACCUGAUAAUGAACAACAGGAAGAAAUAGAACAAUACGUGAGUUAUCAACCAAUAGAUAAUAAUAUGCAGAUCCAAAUCAAUGAACUUCAAGAUAUCAUAACAGACUUAAAAAUGAACUUGGAGUCGACUACAAAAGAACUAACUAUGCGUACUAAUGAGGUUGUGGAUUUGAAAAUUGAAUGCAAGGCGUACAGAGAAACUUUGACAAAUUUAAAUAGCGAAUUGUCCAGACUAACUGAAACAGAUGAAAAGGAAAAAAUUAAUCGAGUCGAUAGAGACGCAAUAUUCAAGAAACAAAUGAUACAAAUGAUUGAAAAAAACAAAACUUUAAUGUCUGAAGUAGAAACAUGGAAAGGUAAAUGCACUGAAUUGCAAGAAACUAAUGAUAAAUCCGUUGAAAUUGAAGAAUUGAAGAAAAUGCAUAGUCUUGAACUUGGUUCAAUACGUGAAACACAUGAUCAACAAAUAAAGAAAUUACAGGAUAAAAUAAGUUCUUUGGAAACUCAAAAGGUUUCAACAGUUCAAUUGUCAGAAGAUGUCAAAGAAACCAUGGAUGUGGCAGUCUCUACAGAAGAAGAUAUGGGAUCAAAGGAGGAAAGUGUCAUUGACGUUGCAACCGUCACAGAAUGCGAUAAAGAAAGGGAAGAAAAGAGAGAAGGUGUCAAAGCAAAGGAGUUGACACCUGAUAUCAUUGAACGCAACUUACAGAACGCAGAGAGUGAACUAUUUGAAAUAUUUUCUUCAAAUAUUACAAUUCUUGAAAACAUUGGUUUAUUAUUAACAUAUGCUGAUGAUCGUUCCGUACAAAUAAAAAGAGUAAAAGGUUUGAGGAAAGGUGCUAUGCAGAGCAUGUUGGAUGAAACCACUCAAUUCACGGAAGCAGAUAGAUUUAUUAAAAGUUCUGUGUUUCACGAAAUUCAAUCAUCUUUCACUAGAAUUCAAGAAGGUAACGAUAAAAUGGAAAAUCGUGUUUUUUUCCUCAAUAACAUUGAAACGAUAUACUCGGAAAAGCUCUAUGAAACUGCUGUGAUAAGGAGGUUCAAAGAUAUUGAAUUUUUAGCCAAGAAACUGACAAAAGAAAACAAGCUCAAGAGAAGCCUGUUAGAACAAUACCAAAGAGAAAAGUUAACAUUAAAGAAUUUUGAGAUUGGUGAUACAGUAUUAUUUUUACCAACUAGAGAAGAUUUCCCUGCAGAUGGCUCUUACUCAGGCUCUAUGAACUCUUCCUUUUCCUCUGUGGAUCUUUCAACUCCACCACCAUUUGAAACCACCAAAACACAGCCCUCGCUUAUCGGUAGCAAUUCGAACAUUGAUAAUGACGUGACGGAAAAACCCACCAUAAAACGACCAUGGGCAGCAUUUACUGCAUUCGAUGAAAAUACUAGAUAUCUUUUGAGAGACGUACAAGAACAAACAAAGGGUAGGGAUUGGGCGAUUGGCCAGAUCAAAACGAUGCAAAAAUUUGCUGUUGAUGGAACUAACUUUAAUCCUUUCAAGCUCCAGAAAGGUACCAUCUGGUACCAAGUAACCGCAGAUAUCAUAACCAGCCGACCACCUGCUAAAUAA